GGCCCCCCUUUGCUCUGCCUCCAAGAUGGUAGGAAAGUUGUCGUUUCGGAGGGCAGAGGAGCGGCGGUCUGGUGUUAUGUCCUCGCAGUGCCUGUAGUGGUGCUGUAGGAGGCUGCUGCCUCUUCUUGUGCAGACCCGGCAGCCCUGCCUUCUUGGCUGGAGAGUAUAUUCAGGGAUUUCCCCUUAAUAAUCACCGACCCUGGGAGCACUUUUUAGUUUCCAAAAUAAAAAUAUGAUCCUCACCCCUCUUGCUUGACAGGGCAAGGCUCUCGCCGGAGCCCAGGGGGGAGCAGUAGCAGCGGCAGCCGAGCUUCCCAGUCCAUUGCCAGCGCCUCUCACUCUGAUCUGUCAGCCCAGCCGAGGGAAAAGGGGGGAAGGAGAAAAAAAAAAGCAGCUGAAAGACAAUCUGCUUCAUCUUGAUUCUGCAGCAUUCCAAACUGGUAUCCUUGGGGUUGUCUUAACAUUGCUAUGGUGCAGAAGAUUUAAAAUCAGCUGAUGUUCACAAGGAAUAGAGUCACGUGAUGUAUGAAGGGAAACAUAUACACUUCUCUGAGGUUGACAAUAAGCCCUUGUGCUCAUAUAGCCCCAAACUGUGCAAGCAGCGGCGACUCAACGGCUACGCUUUCUGUAUCAGACACGUUCUGGAGGACAAGACUGCCCCCUUCAAGCAAUGUGAAUAUGUGGCCAAGUAUAACAGCCAACGCUGCACCAACCCCAUCCCCAAAUCAGAAGAUCGUAGGUACUGCAACAGCCACCUGCAGGUACUUGGCUUUAUCCCGAAAAAAGAGAGGAAGAAAAAGAAUGAUCCUAUAGAUGAGGUAAAGGUCAGGCAUCAGAUGGAUACCAUGGCCUUUAGCCUGACGGUGCCCACACUGGCCUUGAAGAUGCCCAAUGGACUGGAUGGAAUGUCCCUCUCUCCACCUGGGGCAAGGGUCCCUCUCCACUACCUGGAAACUGAGUUGGAAGAUCCAUUUGCUUUCAACGAGGAAGACGAUGACCUGAAGAAAGGGGCCACCGUGAGGAAGAAGCUGCAGAGCAAGCUGGCCCAGAAUCGGCAGCGCCAGAGAGAGACAGAGAUUUUAAAAGUUCGACAAGAGCACUUUAGUCCCCCUCCUGCACCUUCACAGCAACAGCCUCCGCAGCCACACUCCCACCUGUCACCUUUAUCCACUUCUUUAAAACCUCCAGCGCCACCGCAGGGUUUAGUCUGCAAGUCACCUCAACCUCAGAACACCAGCCUACCAAUGCAGGGAGUGGCCUCCACCACACACACUAUAGCACAAGCCAGGCAGGCGUCUCACAGGAGGCCUCUGCCCCUCCUGCCAUCCAGUCGGGCACCCGUUGCGGGCCCGCCCAGGACUGACCGGGUCCUUAUGAAAGCCACAGCCUUCUCGCCACACUUCUCUUGUAUAAGUCGACUGCAGAGACUGGUGAAACUGUGCACCCAAAAGCAUCAGUUGGACACUGAUCUGUUUCCCCAUUUAGGGCUGGACUGGUCUGAAGAGAGUGGGGAGGAGCCGGAGGACUCAGAGCAGGCCUCUCCAUACCAGGUUGCAUGGUCCAUCCGAGAAGCCCUCAGAUACGAAAGACACAUGUCAGACGAUGAUGAUACAGAGAGUAGGAGCUCCAGGGUGACCCAACUUUGCACUUACUUUCAGCAGAAAUAUAAACACCUCUGCCGCCUGGAGCGGGCAGAGUCCCGCCAGAAGAAGUGCCGGCAUGCGUUUAGGAAGGCUCUGCUGCAGGCGGCCAGCAGGGAGCCAGAAUGUGCUGGUCAGUUGAUACAGGAGCUGCAGAGAGCUGCAUGCAGUCGAACCAGCAUAAGUCGGACCAAGUUGAGGGAGGUGGAACCAGCAGCGUGCAGUGGAACUGUGAAGGGUGAACAGUGCACUAACAAAGCCCUUCCAUUCACCAGGCAUUGCUUCCAGCAUAUCCUCUUGAACCGCUCUCAGCAGCUCUUCUCAAGUUGCACGGCCAAGUUUGCAGAUGGACAGCAAUGCUCUGUGCCCGUAUUUGACAUUACACACCAGACACCUCUGUGUGAAGAACAUGCCAAAAAAAUGGAUAAUUUCUUGAGAGGUGAUAGCUCCCGUAAGGUUCAGCACCAGCAGCAGAGGAAACCCAGGAAAAAAACCAAGCCUCCUGCACUUACCAAAAAACACAAGAAGAAAAGAAGGCGUGGACCUCGUCGACCCCAAAAACCCAUUCCCCCUGCAGUCCCCCAAGGGAACCUCAGCAUGCCCACCAGCGUCUCACUGCCAGUGGAGGCCUCUCAGAUCCGGAGCCCGUCCACACCAGAGCUGAGUGCUGAUGAGUUGCCGGAUGACAUUGCCAAUGAGAUCUCUGACAUUCCACACGACUUGGAAUUGAACCAGGAAGACUUCUCAGAUGUCCUGCCACGGCUACCUGAUGACUUACAGGAUUUUGAUUUUUUUGAAGGAAAGAACGGAGACCUCAUCCCAACUACCGAAGAGGCCGAGGAACUUGAACGGGCCUUGCAGGCUGUAACCUCUCUCGAGUGCCUGAGUACCAUUGGGGUACUUACCCAGUCGGAUGGAGUGCCAGUCCAGGAGUUGUCAGACAGAGGAAUAGGGGUGUUCUCUGCAGGAACCGGAGCUUCAGGAAUUCAGUCUUUGAGCCGAGAAGUCAACACGGACCUUGGGGAGCUGUUGAAUGGGCGUAUAGUACAUGAUAAUUUUUCUAGUCUAGAGCUGGAUGAGAAUCUGCUCCGUUCUGCUACCUUGUCCAACCCACCUACACCCCUGGCAGGGCAGAUCCAGGGGCAGUUCUCUGCCCCAGCCAACGUUGGCCUUACUUCUGCCACUCUGAUCAGCCAGAGUGCACUUGGGGAGAGAGCCUUCCCAGGACAGUUUCAUGGACUUCAUGAUGGCAGCCAUGCCUCCCAGAGGCCACAUCCUGCCCAGCUGCUGAGCAAGGCAGAUGACCUAAUCACCUCACGACAGCAAUACAGCAGUGAUCACUCACACUCCUCGCCCCAUGGAAGCCAUUAUGAUAGUGAGCACGUGCCGUCUCCCUAUAGUGACCAUAUCACGUCUCCCCACACAACAUCUUACUCUGGUGAUAAUAUGGCAGCUACCUUUUCAGCAGAGAUGCCCAUCAUGGCGCAGCACUUGCUCCCCACCCAACUUGAGGUGCCACUUGGAGGAGUCGUAAACCCCAGAACUCACUGGGGUAAUCUCCCUGUCAACCUUGGAGAUCCCUCUCCAUUUAGCAACCUUCUCGGCGCAGAUGGACAUCUUCUUUCCACUUCCCUGUCCACGCCACCCACCACUUCGAACUCAGAGACCACACAGCCUGCCUUCGCCACCGUGACCCCCAGCAGCUCCAGUGUGCUUCCGGGGUUACCGCAGACCAGCUUCAGUGGCAUGGGGCCUUCUGCUGAACUUAUGGCCUCCACCUCUCCCAAGCAGCAACUCCCUCAGUUCAGCGCAGCCUUCGGCCACCAGCUGAGUUCUCACAGUGGCAUUCCCAAGGACCUGCAGCCCAGCCACAGCUCUAUAGCCCCUCCUACAGGCUUCACAGUAACAGGUGCCACAGCUACAAGUACCAAUAAUGCAUCCUCUCCCUUCACCUCCCCUAACUGAGCGUGUCUGUGUUUGCAGGCAGGUGGGGAACUUGGUGUUUUCUAUCUUUGUUUCCUCUUUAUCACCCCUUCCCCUUUUCCUAAAGAAGAUUUUAAAAAUAACAGAUGGGGACACAAGGGGAACUCCCUUUUCCAGUUAAAACAAGUUACCCGCAGUGGACCUCGCUUCAGUGUUCACAUGUGCUCCUGCGCACUGGUGCUCAUUCCCUCCUGGCAGGUUCACUGCACCCCAGUGGUUUCCUUAGUGGUUCAGCACAGUGACUGGAUAGAAUUGAUUUUUAGCAGCAAGUCCUAGAAGUGGAAGAUACCUCAGAUUACCAGUGCCCUUUACUAUUUCCUAGUAUUCAGAUAACGCUUUCCAUUAUAUUGCCAGAUCUUUAUAGGUGGUUCUAGAUAGAAAGUUCCUAUUAACUGAGUUCCUGUGUAAGAGGUAGCAAAUGGUGUGCAGGGGCAGAUCGCGGCUCUGACUGCACCAACCGCUAAACGCCACAUGAGGCCAGGAUUCCAUUCCCACUUAUGAUCAUGUUUCAUUAAAAAAAAAGAAAGUUGGUCUCUUGACCGCCAGUGUGUAUGUGUACACCCCGUGUGUGUUCUUGUGCAGGCCAGGGAAUGGCUGUCCCGUUGGUGUCUUUUUUUCCUAAUGAGUAUGGUUCUUAUCUCUCCUUACCCACAUCUCACAACCCUGAUAAGGUUGGUCAUUUCCCACUGAGUUCACCAAGUUUCCUGAACAGAGAGGGUGGUGGAUUAGAGGUGAGAAUAGCACAACCCUUUUCUGUUAAGUUAUCCCAAGGAGGACAGAGCACAGGAAGCUGAAUGCUGGGUGUGCUUGGGGGAGGGAGGAGAGGGCGGGACUGCAGCUGCUGAAAUUCUGAGGCUGGUGGUGGCUGUGUUGCCUUUUCAGACAUGCAUUUGUUUUGAAUCCCUCUCCCGUGGAAUACAUUUGCAAGAUGUAAAAAAAUAUACCAUUGGGAUGUGCAAGCAGGAUAGGUCAGGCAGAUGUGGAAAGGCGGGCCCUGCAAACUCCUUGAUCCAUCUUUUGCUUUUGAAUUUUUCAUGUUUACGGUAGUGAUUUUUGGUAAGAUUUGUAAAAUGUUGAAGACACUUGUAGAAUCAGUGUACCAGUUGUGAAGUGAUGUGUAAUAUCUGAAGGAUAUACAUUUUGAAGUUUCAAAGCAGUAUAUGGAAAUGAGACAAAUUUUACGCACCCUUCAGUACUUUAAAAAAAAAAUUAAGUACUUAGAUUUAAAUUUGGGGGAAACUUUUUUAAGAUACAGGAUUAUAGGGUUAAAAGUCAUAUUGGGUAGUGUAGUAAGUUGGUGACUAUAGAAUGAAUAUGUGAGUUUUCUUUUUACCUGCCUUCUCCCCUCUACCUGCCACCCCCGUGGAACUAGAUUUUAAAGGCAUCUUUUCUCUACUUUUGCAGAGAAGUUUCACUGUCCCCUGAGAUAUACCAUUGGCUAUUUAUACCUGAGUAGUCUAAUUUACAUAUAUAUAUUUUAAAAGAUGAGUAGAGAGAACAUAUCUAUUAAUGAUGUGAUAUAAUAAUUCAUUUGUCAGGGAAUAUUUGAUCUUAAUUCCUUUUCAAUAGGUAAAGAUUUGGAUGUAUUUUCCUACUUCCUAUAUGUAUUCUCUUUAUGCCAUGCUAAUUCUAACCAGUCCCUUCUUUUGAAAGCUUUUCUUUCUCUGCUUUUUAAAGGAAUGAUGGUGGUCAGCAGGCAUUAUGCAGAUACCACGUGCCUGAGAUAAUGGAGGGGAAAUGUCACGUGACUGUAUGAAAUCAUUAUAUGCCCUAUUUUGUAUUUAUUGAAGUUUCUUUUUGUGGGCCAAAAAUGUGUUUGUAAUAUAUUUAGUUUUUUUUUUUUUUUAAUCAUGAUAAUUGAUUGGAGGAUUUAUUUUUAAUAGCUUUGCCUUUUUUUGCAGAUUGAAAAAUUUCUAAAUUAUAAAUUAUGUCACAAAGCAAAAUUAUAUUUGGUAUCACCAUAAAUUUCUAUUCCUAGUGGUGAGAAUAGUUAAUUUGACUAUUUCUUACCUGUGAGCCUAUGUUAGCAAGCUUUUUUAUGUUACUGUACUGUAAUGAAAUGAUUCUUCUGAGUAGUUACCUCUGCUCAAAAGUGUCAUUUAGUUUGCUAAACUCUUUCACAUCCCAGUACAAUCCUCACUAGAAAACCAUCCAUUCCCAGCGAUUGACUUGGUCUCCUUUGUAUGCUAAUUACAGGUGGUAGCAGAAGAGCACAUUGACUUUCUUCUCAGCCCUUCUCUCACAGUGAAGGAAAGUCUUGGGUAGUUGAUUUGUCCCUCAUGGUAGCUGCUUGAAAUUCUUCAGUUAUCAAAGCUGAGUUUGCAGUAAGUUGCACAUUUUAUAGUUUGCAAUUUUCUGUUGUAUGUGCAUUUAAAAGCCCUUUUCUGCUUUCUAAUAAGGAGGCAUGAAAUGAUCAGGAAUGUUGCCAGUUACAGCUUCACACCAAAAAUUUUGAGUAAAUUCAUUUUUGUUUAUAGACGCCCACGAUGAUAGCUGAAGAAAGGGCACCUGUAGAAAGUACCAGUGUAGAUUUUGAGGAAUUAGCAAAAAAACAAAAGUUUUCCUCUCAUUUCAUCUACUUCAAAAUAAAAUCUGAGCUUACAGUUUGCUUUACUUUUGCCAUUUCUUGUGAGUCCCUUUUUGGAAGAGAAAACAUCUGUGAACCCAGGGAUAUCCGUUAUGGUCUUCUAGCUAAUGGAUGCUUCUAGUCUGUCGGUAGUAGGUUUGCUAUGGAUAUGUAAAGAAAGGAAGUGUCUUUUGCUCCAGAAAUAUAAACAAUUAGUGUCUUCUAAAAUAAUACUUAUCAUAAGGCAAUACUGGAAUCAAAACAAAUUUUAAAUAAGGUCCUAAAUAGGUGAAAGCUAGCUUUUAUCCUAGUGUUAAACUCAUGAGAAAUAGUACAACGAAGCCUCAUUCUGUUUCUGCAGUUCUUUGGGACCAUUUAUAAAGGCCAGUUCGAUUGUAUUAAUGUGAUUUAAUGUACAAACUUGCUGCAGUUAAUGGGUGCAUUCUGUAUUCUGAGAAUCUGAAUUCCAUUCUAAUGUAUGAUAUUCACUGGCUGUGAUCUGUAGCAUCUCAAGAAAAGAUGUGUUUUCUCUCCUUUACUCUCUACACAAUUGUUAGUAUUAUUUUAAUUAAAGUACUUAAGACAUUGUUUUUUUUCUCUGUAAAAAUGGCUUAGCAAUUUGCACAUCUGGGUAGGUUAUGUAGCUAGUAAACAAUCCACAGUAGUAAAUAGCAAUUACACUUAACCCACCAAGUGACAGACUAUGCAAUGGAACUUUUUCUAAUUAAUGUCGCAUAGCUUAUUCGGUGAAGGAUUAUUUUCUCUAGAAACCUACCAUGUGAGAUAACUGCUUUAUAAAUGACUUCCUGAGCAAUUUCAUGUGGGCAAGCGGUGUGGUGUGUCUAGUGUCCCUCCGUGAAAAGAUUAUAAUUUAAUGAGAAGCAAAUAGUAGGUGUGGAGAUCAACUUGGAAAAUGGAUUUCUUUUCCUCAAAAUUUUACUGUGUUUAGUAGCUUUAAGGCUAAAGAAAGCUACUACUUUAUCUUUUCCAAGUAAUUCUUUAUAAGACUUAUUUCUUAAAUAAGCCCAGUCUUUUCAACUGCAAGUUAAGAAUCAUCAUUUUUUGUGACUAACACUAAAACUUAAUCAGAGUUCAUUCUCCAUCCAUGAUGACAGUCCACAGAGACAAAGACAGUUCUUUGAUUUGGCAGAAAAGGAUGUAUGUGACGACACAGGUGCCCUGUCUGACAACUUUCAUCUCAUGUGAAAGAUUCUAUAUUUCUAGACCUAUACCACUCAGUUUUUACCAAUUGGCACCAAACUUUGAGCAUGGAGGUUCCUCCCAUGCUGUCCAUCCCGCGAUGCUUGCCUGUCCUUCCCGCGCCUGCGCCUGCGCCCUGGGGUGGCAGUGAUGGCUGGUGAAAAGCUUUCUUGGUGAUGUUUGUGUGAGGCCAUUGCCUUGUGGUGAAAUUGGUAUUGUAAAAAGAUGAGGCUAUUAAUAACACUAAACUAAUACGUUUGAAAUCAUUUGAAAAACUUUAGAUGUCAAAGUUUCCAGUUUAUCCUCUUUCUUUGUACUCUCUUAAAAAUUCUAUUAAAUUUUAUUUUUAAUAUGAAAUAUAUUAAAUAACCUAGUAGGAUGGUCUUCUAAAUGAUCAGCAGAACUCUGCAGUUUAAUAUGGGGGCAGUUUAAAGGAUUCCUUGAAAGAAAAUGUAGUCAUACUGAAUAGUCUGCACUUUUGUAGCUCUUUCAUCACUAACACCUACAUUGCUCCAAGGAUUUUUUUCACCUGAUGGAAAGAUACUUCUUGGGGAGGGAUGAGGUUGGGCAUAGGUAUGUGAUCAAAUUCAGUUCCCUGCUCCAUACAUUAAAAAUAAUUGAUUGAAUCUUCACUGACAUUCUAUAGAAAGUUAACACAGUUUAAUGACCUCUUAAUAUCUUGAAAUUCCAAUAUCACAUUCUGGGUGGGGGAAAUGAAAUCCUCAUUUAGUAGGUGACAGAAACAUUUUAAAUGCUAUCUUUGAAAAUAUUUGAAGUGAAAUAUCAAUGAGGAACAUAUCUGGACAUCUGUUAAGCAUUUCCCCUGGCCAGUGAGUUAGGAAAGAAAACACAAAACAUUUAUGAAUAAUUAUGUCUCCCCUAAUUACCAGUGUUGUUCACAUGAAAAUUGUGGGUGAAACUUAGAGAGCCUGAUUUCUGUAUCAAAAAUUCUCUCUUCACUCCAGCUCUUCCCUGUUAGCUUCCUAAUCAAAGGAAAUACGGCAUUUCCGAGAGACAGCAAAUUUGGUGUGACUCUUUACCCUAGGUUCCUGUAUCUUUGGCUACUUUGAAUGGCAGAGUUUUGGAUGAUCUAAAAUUCAUUGUGGAAAAUAAUCUUAAGAGAAACCUGUCUAACUUCUAGUGAGCUACGCAGGGCAGUGAAACUUUUCUUCCUCUGGCCACUGCCUGCGCGCCCCAGCCCGCCCCAGUCCUGAAGUAUGCACACCCAGAUCUGCGCUGGUAGAAUCUUUCACUUGUUUUCAUUGUUUUAAGCUGGGGACCACUGAUGUAAGCUCUAUAUGCACCCAAAGUUCCCCUUGGAAGAAUUUCCAGCAUGCAGUGCAGAAGGCUCCAUGCAGCUCAAUUGCUGCACCAUUGCCUUUACUUGGGGAAUAUGCUGAUUUGCCCUGAACUGGCCCCACCUGCCUCGUUAAGGUACAGUUGGCUCCAGCGGAUUGGUGUGAAGUGGUGGGAAGUUUGAAACUUGUUGACCAUUGUCUUCAUCUGCUUGGAAGAGUUGAAUCAGCUCCUCUCAACAGUGAUGGUUCUUUUCACUGUAUAGUGUUGAGUAUGUCUCAGGGAUUCCUUGUGGAAAUUAGGGCAGUUUUUAAAAUAAAAUAGUUUUAAAAGAAACUAAAGGUGACUCAUCAUCAAAGAGAGCGCAAGAAAGAGAAACGUUUGGUUUCACAGCCCACAAUGUCUGGCACAGGACCUCUUUCCUUUCUCCUUCAGGCUCUUGACUCAGCACCCAGCAUCCUUUCCCAUCACGCACAGCUUUAAAACUUUUAUUUAAAAAUUUCCUUCCCCAAUGAGCUUUCAGAAUACUUAUUGUAGAUUUUAAGAGAAAAAGGUAUAUUAAUUUAUGCUAUUAACAUCACCUCAUAAAUUAUAAGUUUUAUACUAAAGCUGUAUUGAGUGUAAUGAAUUAUGUUGCCUAUGUGUUUAAUAGCUUAAAAAAUAUAUGAGCUUUUUUUUUUUUUUUUACAAAACAAACUAGUGAAGCACCUUUUUACACUGGAUCUCUGCCGUGUCAAGGUGUCUAGCUAUCCUUUGCUACCUUGCAGAUAUAUAAAAUAAAAGGAUAUCCUGGGGCCUCAAAAUGUAGAACACCUUUAGACCUUUAUUACCGCUCAUAGAACUGUUGAGAAUCAUGUUUCUUUAGUAAAUGAUCUGUGGUUUACACUUUCGAUGGCUAGAAACUUAGUUACAGGGUAAAUAGAAAAACAUAGAUCAAGUAAAACUCCCAACUACUGUAGCUGGAAUUUGUAAACUGUUUUUAAGACCUCUUUUAUUUCCUAUGGAUUUAUUCUUUAAUUUACAGUUUAAUUUGUAAGUUGGGAAGUAAAAUAGAGAAAAUAAUAAAUCUAGAUGUUCUCAGUGUCUUAUUCAGGAACUUUUUAUCCCUCCUCACUAAGGAAUUCCCACUGUGACUUAAAAAUAGAUUUAAAUUACUGUGUGCAUGUAGAUGUCUGUGUUUUUACACACAUGCAAAAAUAUACAUUGGGGGCACGUGUGUGAGAAAGAUGAAUGUGUGCUUAGGUAAAAAUAGAGAAAGGUAGCAGAAUGUAUUAUAGAAAUAUGUUUUAUGUUGAGGAUUUUGGAAUUACUUUCUCAUUGUCUCUGUUGUAUAAAUACACCAAAUUCUUCAUUAUGCUAUGUUAAAAGGCUAGCUCUGAUAUCAUGUGCUUUUUAUUUUAACCUUUUGAUUAACUUAUAUUACACCUUGUUUUGAAAAUAACAUGCGAAACAGCAGAUUAUAAAACCAGCCUCUCGCUUUUAAAAGCAUAAAAAUCAGAGAGAGAUCCAGAUGUGAGCAGUUUUUAUCUGUGGAAUGAUGGGACCAGUGAUCAGUUGAAUCUUUUUUUAUGUUAAUAUAUUUCUUCAUAUCCUGAGUUAGAAAAUAUUGUUGCUCAUCUUUUCUUGGUGAAGUUAAGAAAACUAUAGGCCUUUUAUUAAAAAAAGCAUUUUUUUGAAGGGGCUGCUGUGUUCACCAUGCAUAUUUCAAAGCUGGGAGGAUUUCAGGAUAUCAGUUAUUUCUGAAAAAUGUUUUUAAUUAAUCAGUCAUGCUAUUAUUUAUGAAGGUAAAGUGCCCCUGCCCCCAACAUCAUAUUUUGCCUACAGGAAAAAUUAUGCUACCCUUGACUUUACCUGGAUUCAUAUGGAAUUAAAAAAAAAAAAUACAUUCCUGUAUUUUGAGUUUUAAAUUGUCAUUUUGCUCUACAUUCAUUACUGGAGUAUCUGGUGGUCUAAAAUAGUCAAAACUAGAUUUGUUAUUAAAUGCUCUGAUCACAUUUAUUUUUAAUAGUAAAAAACAUUUACUUUAAAAUAUGUCAAACAACUUCUGAUAAUACACUGAAUUUGUAGUUGUCUUUGAAGCCUCAUUCAUCUUAGAUAUAGUCAAGACCUAGGAAAACUUUAUAUAUUGUUCUUUUUUUACAGUUGUAUUUUUGCAGCAUCUCCCAGUUUCACUCAACUCUUGCUUUAUGGAUUAAAAAAAAAAUCUGCAUAUUUCUUGUACAUAUGCAUGCAAAUGAAAGAAGGGAGUUUGUAUUGGUGCCAUUUCUCCCUUCAGUUAGUGGUUAAUGGGAUUUGCUAGAAUAAAUUCCCCCUGAUUGAAGGGUGAAAAUAGACCCUUUUGUGUAUAUCUGUACAGAGAUGUGUAUAUGGGAUGUGGUGGCACUUUGCUGAAUGUGAACUUGCCUUGUCAAUGGAAAGAUUGAAAAGUAUUAUGUUUAUUUAUACAUUUGUAUAAAUCUAUAUAUACACGUAUGUAUAUGUGUGUGUAUAGAUAAAGCUAUAUACAUAUAUUUCCCUAAAAAAUGUGUGUGUAUAAUAGAUAAACAGCCUUUGUUAAGCAAGAUUAUAUGUCUAUGGAAAAUUCUGGAUUAUUCUGUAAGCAGAAGGAAGUGACAAUGUAGAGUAUAUCAUCAGAGCAUACUGAAAUGGAAGUCCUUUGGAUUAUAGUCUUGUGUAUGGUUAUUAUAAUUAGUUCCUGCCAGAACUAUUCUUACUUGCCAUUUCUACUUUUCUUUGUCUUUACUACCUUCUUAGUCAGUCUCUCAUCACUUAAAAACCAUACUUCACUUGUGGUUUUUCCCCCUGUAUUAUGUCCUUUCUAGCCAGCAGACUUAAGCUAAUUUCCUUUGACUUCUCAAGAUUUACACAAAGUUGUCCUUUAAAGAUCUUUAUCUCCGAGUUUCCCAGAAUAUAAAAAGUUUUGGUUAUAUGUUCUAUAGUAAUUUUGAGAAAUUGGGCAUUCAUCUUUGUAUCAAAAUGAACAAGCAAACAAAAAACCCAACAUUCAAACAAAACCAAUCUGGAAGUUUUACCUCAAUAAUUUUGGGACACAUAAAUUGGAAGAAGAAAAUGAUUAUGAUUUUAUGAUUCAUAUUAGGUUUAAGUCCAUUUUCUCAUUUAUUAGCAUUAACUUAUCUUAACAAAUUGGUUUUUGUGGUUUAAUCAUAAAUUUAACAUUUUCAAUAAUGGAAAAAAGUCAGACGUGAGCCUCUUGAAUUCUAUAACUCAUUUUACUCAUGAUGAAACUGCUCUAAUGAAUUCUUGUGUAAUGAAUUCUGGUAUGUUUCCUUCUGACUUUUCUUACACUUGUAACAUUCUGUUUUAACUUUGCUGCAGCUCUCUAGAAAACUUGCAUCCCUAUAUAUUGUGCCUUUAAAGCUCUUAUGCACACACAGACAAAAAGUGUAUAUAUACAUGUUGAAGCAUGUGUACAUAUACUUUGGUAUAGACUCACACAGUAUGUCUCCAGUAUAUAUUGUGGGAGUAGAUCUAUAGAUAUUCAAAGGCAAUGAAAUGUUGCUCUCUAGAUAUAUAUGUAUAUAAAUAGUGUUGAUAUACUGUAUAUACACAUGUAUAUGUAUGAGUUUUAAAUGGCAAUCUUACAUUUAGCAAAAUGCUGCCCCUACUGGAAUAUUGUCACUGCAAUGGCAGUUGUAUGUAAUGAUUUAAAAUACAUUAGCAAAAAUUAUUUAAAGAACAUUUAAAAGUCAUCUAAAGACAUCUACACAUUAUUUAUUUAUCUUCCUUUCCCUUUUAUUGUUCCUUUUUUUAACUGAGGGAGACUGUCAUUUUAAAAAUGCUAUCUGUCCCAUGGGAAUCAGAGAGAGAGGUGGAGAUGCACUCUGGGCACCCUGUGCAAUUUUUCCUCUCUGAAAUGGAGACGCGCCACAGACCAGCCUGUUGAUUUCAGUUAUAAAGCAGUCCUAAUAUUUCCAUUAGUGUAUGUCCUCUACUAUCUCCUGGAUUGACUUAAUUCACCAAUUUGCCUCUUCAUUUCAUUAAUAAAUAGUGAUCAUUGAGAUCAUUUUGCCUGGGGAAAGUUAACUACUCUCUAGCUGCAGGGAAAUAUAUCUCCUAAUUAUUAUUCUGCCUUUUUGAAAUUCAACUUUGCGAGAUGGCCGCUUCUCUUGAUGCGGUCUUAAGCAUGUUUUGCUUUAUUUAGUUAAUGGUCUUCCCAACAUUUUUUUGAAAAAAGAACUCCAAGUCUGUAUGCAAUUAACAGAUUUAAUUGUUAUUCCCCACAGCUUCAGGUAUUUUUCACUGAUACAUCAAUUUGACACACUGAAUGAAGGAAUAUUAAGAAAAAGCUGUUAAAUAUUUUAUUUUAUGAUGAGUCAGCAGCAAGACCUAAACAGUGAGAGGAAGGUAGAUAGACAAUCCUCAAUUUUAAGAUGUUACGAAAAAGCAGUGAAGAAAGAGGACCCUCUGAAGACUGAAAUGAAGAGCUUGGGGUUUGAGUGACUUGAGAGUAGCUUAGCUGGAACUUGAUAUCAGAAGCAGCCUUUAACGAAAGCCUCUUCUUGGCGGUUGUGUGGUACUAACUAGAUACUAGAGUAUGAAGUGUCAGCUGGAAUCAAGUUGCAGUGGGAAAUCAAAGGUGAGGUAGCUUAUUCAAAACCAGUAAAUGACAGACAGUUUGCCCAGUUUUAAAAUCUAACCAAGUAACUGCACGGUAGCAAGGACUAGCAGCUCUCUAAGCCCUUUUUCAGUGUUCUCAUUCACCUUGGCACACGAGUAUGUUGAACACGCCAUACAUUAAAAAAUAUUUACAACAACAAAAAAAGCUGCUUAAAGGGAACUUACAAACUGAGAAUCUUCUCUGCAUUUGUGUUAAUAGUGGCUGGGAAGUUAUAUGCACAAAAGCUAGGAGCCACUUCUUUCUGCACAGAUUAUAGGAGCAAGAUGAGAUUGGCACAUCUUGUUAAGUAAGAGCCCCUGCUUUGGAUAGAAAGGCAUUUCUAUGGCAUGGUGUGGUGUUGCUGAGGGUGGCCACCCUGUGGGAGGUGAUGAGCUUUUGGUUUGUAAUUUCCCUUUAAACAAGGAGAGAUGGCUCACAUUUUCCAUAUAUAUCUCAAUGAAUGUACUGUAUUACUGUUUUAAAAAUUUGAUGAAAUAAUAUCGGAUUGGUCUCCUUUGUUAUCUGGUCCUUGUUUAAUUUGUUUAAGGGUUUUUGUAUACAAAAGUUUACAUUUUUAUGUAUAUUUUUCUUGUGUAAAAACUGAUGUAAUAUGUGUAUAAAACACUGUAUGUAUUAUCUGUAUAUAGUGUGACAAAAUGAUUUUUCUUUCUUUCUUUUGGAUGUAUUAAUAAAUCUUGCUGUGAAGUAGCCUUGGUUUUACUAUAAUUGCCUGGAUAUUGAUGGAAACUGCUAAUACAAGGUAGGUAUUUCUCGCCCUCCC